UGAUUGAGGCGCAGCAUUCCAAAGCCAUGGAUACACACUUGCGGUCCCAUGGGCUGCCAGUCCACGAUAAGGACUUGGUCCGGAAGUGGGACAAAUCCAUGCAGAGCCCAGAAAUGCGAAGGGACUUCAUGGUUCUGCUCAAGAAGAUUGUCCUCUUCGAGGCGGCGCCCGAGGCGCUGCGGCAGAGCCUUUGCGAGGCCGUGGUCCCCAUGGAUCUGCCGCAGGGCGCCGUCAUUUUCCGCCAGAACCAGCCAGGGGACUGGAUGUGCAUCGUGCUUUCUGGGCGGCUGGAGAAGACGAUUCUACGCGACCCAGCGGCACCUCCCAUAGUCUUCGGUGAAGUUUCUCCGGGAGGCAUAUGCGGAGACAUGGGCAUGCUGGGCGUCAGCGAGCUGCGGAGCCAUGGGUGCCACUGCGCAGAGAAUUCCUCGGUGCUGCUCUUGUCUCGCUUGGCCUUCGACGCCUUGGUGGACAUGAAAGGAGGGCUUGAGGAGUACCCACUGCUCAAGCACCUGGAGAAGAUGCAGAAUCUGUCUGGCGACACCGACGCCUUCUGCGACUUGCCUUGCUUUGCCAAGAUGGAGCGAGCCUUCGUGAAGCACACCUGCGAGCACUUGGAGCCCAGGCUGUACUAUCCGGGCAUGGCGCUGAUGAAGGAGGGUGAAAUGGGCUUUGAAAUGUUCAUUGUGCACUUGGGGAAAGUGGAAGUGUUGAAAGGGAGCAAGAAGGUGGCAGAGCUCGGCGGCGGAGUUGUUCUGGGGGAUGUGGCCGUCUUUGGAUCCGACAAGCGCCGGACUGCAACUGUGAAAUGCGUCGAGCCGACUUUGAUCUACGUCUUGAAUGGGGACAUCGUCCACCAAACUUUGGACAAGUACCCUGAGACGAAGAAGGUCCAUGAUCAUGACUACAUCACGCGCCUCCUGAGGUUUGAGCUGGAAAAGGUCGCCGAAGAAGUUGAUCACCUGGAAAACUUCUACGGGAAGUGCCAUCCAAUGAGAUCGGAAGAGGUGGGUCACAAAGUCUUCGGCAGAGAUCUGGACGUGAAGUGAAGCGACGUGGGCGAAGACCGCCCGUGGCCUCCGGCGAAGCUGAUCGGGCCUGCGCAGAGUUCAGAACCUGAACCGCGCGCGUCACGCCCAGCGCGUUUGCGGAGCGCAGUCGCGGGGCAAAGUG